AUGCUCAAGAAUUCCUUAGGACGUAUCCCGAGCAAGCGACGAUUAAUCGAUGCUCGAGUAACACGACCCGAUGGAGCAGCCCGAUUGAUCUGCAGGCGAAAUUCUCAUAUCUCAGAGGAAGGGGACAUCAACAGUGGCAGAUAUCAUCGACUGGCCACUGCUAACUCAUCAUCCAAUCAACAGCCACCUAUUCGAUCAAACUCGCACCAGAUAUCAUCUACCAGCUCAGAUCCUCCCUUGCCCGCCAUCGGUCUCGAACUCCAUGUCCAAUUGGCUAGUGAUUCUAAACUGUUUUCUUCAGCCAAUCCGCCCACAGCAGACCAAGAUAGCAAUACCAAUCUCGCUUUAUUUGAUGCCGCAACUCCCGGUACACAGCCAGUAUUGUCAUCAGAUUGUCUGAGAUUGGCAUUAAUUGCAUCACUAGCACUGGAAUGUAAAAUCAAUCGAAAGACGAGCUUUGAUCGGAAGCAUUACUUCUAUCCCGACCUUCCGGCUGGCUAUCAGAUCACCCAACAUUACUCCCCAAUCGCAUCGGAUGGAAAAGUAUUGAUCACUCCAGAGGACGGAGCUGACCGGUCAUUCGAAGUCCGCAUCACUCAACUCCAACUAGAACAAGACACUGGAAAGUCGACCAUCGAUCCAUUAUACCCUGGCCAAACACUGAUCGAUUUGAAUCGAAGCGGAGUAGCCUUGAUCGAAAUCGUCACCGGUCCAGACCUCCGAACUGCAAAGGAGGCCUCGAUCUUUGUCCGAAAACUGCAAUCGAUUUUGCGGUUUGCUGGAGUGACUAAAGGGAACAUGGAACAAGGAUCUUUGCGAUGCGAUUUGAAUGUGUCAAUCAGUCAGUCAGAGAACUCGACGAUCCAAGGCUCAAGAUGUGAAGUAAAAAAUGUGAAUGGAUUCGGACACAUCGAGCAUGCAAUUGAUUUUGAGAUCUCAAGACAGAGAGCCCUGGUGGCCGAAGGACAGCGGGUGGAGAUGGAAACCCGAGGGUUUGAUGUAGCUCGCCGUCAGACGUUCAGGUUACGAGAUAAAGAGAGCCAGACGGAUUAUAGAUAUCUUCCAGACCCAGACCUCCCGCCGAUAAUUUUUCCACCAGCGAUCUUAGAACGAUUGAGAAAUAUGGUGCCCGAGUUGCCUCAUCCCAUGGCAAGACGUCUUCAAGAGUCUUAUGGCCUCAGUAGGACGAUCGCUGAAGUUUUGAUGAUGAUCGGCUCAGAGAGGAUCGAUCAUCUGGCUGACGUAGGCUGUGGUGUGCGAUACUUCGAGGCUGCAAUGGACGCGAGCUCUGUAGAAGUCGAGGGGAAAACGAUGGCUAACUGGAUCGUCCACGAGUUGUUGGGCUUACUGGCUAAAUUUGAAUUGCGAUUUGUUGAUUGUCCUGUCUGUCCGAAAGAAUUCGGCGAAUUGGUGGGACGUGUAUCGAACGGCACACUACUUCGACCGAUAGCACGUGAGAUUUUAUCUGAAGCGAUCAAAACACCAACGAUCUCAUUAAAAGAACGACUCGAAAAAAACCAAAUGAAGAGUCAAAACAACAAGGAGGAGGGCCGAGAUCUGGAGUCUCCAGUGAUUAAGAAAUUAGUCCAAGAGAUCAUGUCAGAGAUGCCCAAAGAGGUCGAAUUGAUCCGAAAUGGACGGCCCCAAAUCAUCGCUAAACUGGUCGGCGAAGGCAUGCGUAGGUCCCAGAAAUCUGUCGAUCCUAGGCUGCUUCGGACAGCUUUUGAAGAGGAACUCUUGCCACAUUCAUCUGCUCAAUCUUCGUGAAAUUAGUCAUUUACAAUCAACUUUUUUGAACUCUUUUUUUCAUUCUAGCUAUGCUUGUCAUAGGUUUAAAGAGUGAACCAGACAGAAUAAUGAAUCACAAUGAAAAAGAAAAAAAAUAAUGCUGUCGUUGGUGAUUUGUGGUAGAUUAUACCCAUUUGCCGUGGUGACUCUUAGGUAUACAAACUCUUUCUGCC